AUGUAUACCAGCGACUACCCCUACAAGUCUCGAAAGUCGGUCAUCAGGAUGGACCCGGACUGUGCUAUAUGCCGUGCUCCGGCCACUCGAGCCUGUGAUUGCGAGGCCAAGGGGCUGGAGACCGCCGUCCGCCAAGCAGAGGCUAGGAUGAUGCAGUCAAUAUACAACGACAUACGUACCUGGGUGCGGGCACACGCUCAAGAUUACAUACUCGAGUAUUUCCGUUUGCUCACGGAGAGACGAAAGACAGCACAUACUGCCCACCUAGAACGCAUAUCCGCCCACGCCUACCAUUACUACCACGCACCCCCGCACCCCAACGAGAUCGCCGCCGCUCAAGCACAGCUGAAGCGCGGCAUCGACGAGGACUGGCAAGCCUCGGUACAGCGGUAUCCUGAGGUGCUUGAGUACUUUUACAGCCUGGUCGAGCUGACCCUCCCCGACGACGACGAGCCCGCCGUCAAGGACCCGCCCCUGAGCGCCCUCAGCGGCUCGCGGAAGGCCGGGCGUCGGGGCAGCGGCGGCGCCGCCCCGACAAUAGCAAGCGGACCGAGUCUCCACGACAGAGACACGCUGCCGCGCGGCAGGACCCCGCCCCCGCUGGAACACCUACGGGAGAGGAGGACGCCGGGCCCGCGGGACCGGAGGAGCCACGGACACGGAUACAGACCGCCGCCGACGCCGGCGCCGACGUCGUAUUACAUCCCCCCGGGUUACUAAAAAAAAUACCUAUCUUGACUCGGGCCACCCAAACCCAAACCGAACUCUUUUGUUCUCCUUUUUUUUUUUGGCUGGCCUCGAGGCUCGCUCCACUCAUUUUUGACGUCUCCUUUGUCAACCGACCGCGAGUUAAUGACGAUGCCUAACGAGAUCAUGACUGAGAGCAUGAGAACCAAUUUUUUUUUUUUUUUUUUUUUUGCUUUUCUCUUCUCUUUACUCUCCAUGACU